AUGAUAAAUCAGCAGGGAAACGGGAGAACUUCUAAAAAAAUACUACGUGAGUUAUCACUCAACUACUGGAAAAUGUGUAAAUAUUUUCAGAACAAAAUUGGGUACACCUAUUCGGAGAGAAUCAUGAUGCAAGUAGAACAAAGUGCUGGUAAAUAUCAAGAUCUUGUAACAUUGCAUCUUACAUUCAAUACAGACGGUUCCCGAAAAAGAGGGAACAUUCGCGGAGAAAUUUGGCCUGUUUUCCUUGCUCCGAAUGACAUUGUCGCUGAACGAUCCAGUUUUCAAGAGUAUCGUUCCGAAAUGGUGCUUAUGUCUGCGAUCAUGCUCUCAACUAGCUCAUUGAAAAAGGCAGACUUUUCUUCUCUCUUUGAGAGAAUGCGAUUGGAGUUAGAAUCGACGAAUACAGACCCCCUCACAAUCAACUUGGAAGGUUUCGAAUACAAAAUCAGACUGGAAAUUUGUUACAGUGUUUUAGACAUGGAUGCCAUUAAAAAAAUCCAUGGAGUACCAGUUUGGCAAUCGUACAAUUCGUGCUCUCGAUGCUUAAAUAAGUUCUCAAUCAAGCGUUUACAGAAUAUCCUCAAGAACGCGACAACUCCAAAAGGACGAUGUUCAGUGAGUUUAGUUGAGUCAGAUGUUCUUAGCUCACGAACAGCAUCAGAGGAUGGAGACGUCACCAGAAGAAGUUAUCAGAUUGUAAUGCAAUCGGUCAACGCAAUGAGCAUGAUGUCUCCGCUGCUGGACGAUCGGUCAAAGACUCCACCCACUGAAGCUUAA